AAUCAGUGUGGUAUCUGAGUUCAGUCCGUCAGGAAGUUACUGCUUCACAUUCAGUUGCUUUUUUGUUGUUGUUUUUUUUUUCACCCGGUAUACGGAAAAGAAAAGACGAAUGUGUUUCCACCCGGACUAACUUUGCUGCAGAACACCGGUAAAUCUGAAAACACCAUCCAUGCCUUGCUAGACAGCUCUGGGACCUGCUGUGUUUUACCUGCAGACACGUUUAGUGUAAGAUGUCCGGAGCAUCAGACGGAGCGGAGGCUAACUGGAUCCUGCGGCAUCCCGCGCUCCAGCAGAUGAAAGAGCUGCAGGUGGGGGACAGUGAGCAGAUCCACGCAGCUUUUCUGGUCUACAUGGAUCUGACUGAGGUGCGUCGGUGGAAGGAGGUCUCCUGUGUGAAAAUUCCCGACCUGCAGGCGGUUCUGCUGGAGGCCCGGGAGAAGGAUGGGGGUCCAGUCCACACCGUCCUGCCUCUGCCAGUUCACCAAUCCCUGAGCCACAGGAGCAUCCGCCAGGCGCUGGACCGGGGCUUCGCUCUGCUGCUGUGUGCCGUGGCGUCCGAUUCCACCCUGGUCUACCAGAGGAUGACAGACGGGUUGGUGACCCCUGAUCCCCCUGUUGGGCCCUUUGAGGACGUGGGGCGGCGGCAGCACCGGAAGAGGCGGCAGCAGCUACGUUGAUCCCGCUCUGUGGCAGUGUGCUUCUCCUCUCCUGCUUGUGCAGCUCUACAGUUUGAAACUUCAAGGCAGUGCGGUCCUCGCAUCAUCGUGGUGUCGGCAUGGAUACGAGGCAUGUGAAACGUUCAAUAGUGACUUUUCAUUUUGUGACAGACGUAAUUAUCCCUCAUUGUCGUCAGCUUCCUCUUCCUUGGAGGUUUCAACUCCUCCAACUUCCCUUCAUGUGUCCAGCGGCCCCACAAGGGCUCAGGACAAGUGGGGAAAUCCAUUUCAAAUAUUAGUUUUUGUACUGAAAUAUUGCAUAUUUUACCAAAGGUAGAAUAAAUAUAAUAAAAAGAUGACUUCCUGACGAAA